AUGGCAACGGCGCUGUUUCCCUUCUCUCUCCAGCAGAGCGGAGAGUUCCCCAAGCACCUGUACGAGGAGCUGCUCUCAACAAUUAGUCGCGGGGACAAUGUGCAAGCGGUAUCCAGCCUUCUGUGUAAGGGCACCCCUAUAGAGCCCCUGGGUGGCCGCUCCGUCCUCAGACUGGCUGUCACUACCGACCGUGCACGCACCGUCAGCCUACUGUUGGCAAGCAGCGCGUCGCUGCCCGCCAGCCUGCUGCAGGAGGCUUGGCAGAGCCCCGAUGUGACCCACAGGGUGCUGGCCUCUCUCACCACCGCCUACUGCUGCCGGCUUCGUGCAGAGAAGCGUCACCUGGAAAAGAUCAGCGGCGCCCUUGUUGAGGGCAUCAACUAUUUGGUGGAAACCAUCGAGGGAAAUGCCCCGUGGCAGGCUGUCAGGAGAUGGGAAAAGGAGACUGACCGGACAGCACUGAACGACCUCUUGGUAAACGCCACGGCUUCCAACUGCAGUGAGAUUGCCGCCUUUCUGCAGAUUGCAGAAGAUUGGCCUUUUUCUACUGGAACUUCAGCUGCCAGUGCCCUUCACGCUCCCCUGGAGGCCGGCCACCAGGAAAUAGCCGAGCUGCUGCUCAGCCCACAUAUGCUGGACACACACGGUCGCCUUCUGGUGCAAAUGAUGACUGACGAGGAGUGACAGAGACUG